AUGUCCUCUCGCCAUCGCAUUGAUAUCGGUCAUCCUUUCAGCCCACGUUACUUUGAUAUCUUCCGGAAACGGAUUCAACUUCCCGUUUGGGAAUACAAGGAACAGUUCCUAAAAGCACUAACUGACAACCAAGUUACUGUGCUUGUUGGCGAGACGGGGUCUGGCAAAACCACACAAAUUCCCCAGUGGUGCCUAGAAUGGCUGAAAUCGCGUUAUGCCUCGAAGAAGUGUGUUGCGUGCACACAGCCGCGUCGUGUUGCUGCAAUGUCUGUCGCCCAGCGCGUGUCCGAAGAAAUGGACUGCCAGCUUGGUAACCAUGUGGGCUACAGCAUUCGUUUCGAAGAUUGCACAUCAAAUAAUACUGUGUUGAAAUACAUGACAGACGGUAUGCUCCUUCGAGAAGGCAUGUCCGACCCGCUGCUAGAAAACUAUGGCGUCAUCCUAUUGGACGAGGCGCACGAGCGCACUCUUGCCACAGACAUUCUUAUGGGUUUGCUUAAAGAGAUUAUAGGUCAGCGGCCCGACUUAAAGAUAGUGGUAAUGAGUGCAACUCUUGACGCCGGCAAAUUUCAGGAUUACUUCGACAAUGCGCCUUUGCUUACGGUGCCCGGUAGGACGCAUCCAGUGGAGAUCUUCUACACUCAGGAACCUGAAAGAGACUACUUGGAGGCAGCUAUUCGAACCGUCAUUCAAAUACACAUGUGCGAAGAAAGUGAGGGAGAUAUUUUACUGUUCUUAACCGGUCAAGAGGAGAUUGAAGAGGCAUGCAAACGCAUUCAGCGCGAGGUCGAGUCUCUUGGACCGGAGGCUGGCGAACUACGGUGUAUUCCGCUCUACUCCACUCUCCCACCUAACCUGCAACAGCAAAUCUUCGAUCCUCCACCACCUCGACGGAAAAAUGGGGCAGCUGGAAGAAAGGUUGUGGUAUCCACAAACAUUGCUGAGACGUCUCUCACCAUCGAUGGCGUCGUGUUUGUGAUCGACCCCGGUUUCGCCAAGCAGAAGGUGUACAACCCUCGCAUCCGCGUCGAAUCGCUCCUCGUCACGGCCAUUAGCAAGGCCUCGGCGCAGCAAAGGGCCGGCCGUGCUGGUCGUACGCGUCCAGGGAAGUGCUUCCGCCUCUACACGGAACGAGCCUACCGUCAGGAGAUGCAGGACAACACCUACCCCGAGAUCCUGCGCUCCAACCUCGGAACUGUGGUGCUCCAGCUAAAAAAACUGGGCAUCGACGAUCUCGUCCACUUCGACUUCAUGGACCCACCAGCUCCGGAGACACUUAUGCGAGCCCUGGAGCUGUUGAACUACCUAGCUGCCUUAGAUGAUGAUGGCAACCUGACGGAUCUGGGUAGCAUGAUGGCGGAGUUCCCGCUUGAUCCACAACUGGCGAAGAUGGUUAUCGCCUCGUGUGACUACAACUGCUCCAAUGAAGUUCUGAGUAUUACUGCUAUGCUCUCGGUGCCCCAGUGUUUCGUUCGGCCAGCUGAUGCCAAGAAGGCCGCUGACGAGGCAAAAAUGCGGUUCGCUCACAUCGAUGGCGACCAUUUGACCUUGCUCAAUGUUUACCACGCGUUUAAACAAAACCACGAGGAUCCCCAGUGGUGCUACGAUAAUUUCAUCAAUCUGCGAUCUCUCAAGUCGGCGGACAACGUGCGAGUCCAGCUGUCUCGCAUCAUGGACCGGUUCUCCCUCCGACGUUCAAGCACCGAAUUCACCUCACGUGACUACUACCUCAACAUUCGCAAGGCUCUCGUUUCUGGCUUCUUCAUGCAGAUUGCACACUUGGAACGGACCGGCCACUACUUGACAGUGAAGGACAAUCAGGUCGUACAGCUGCAUCCCUCGACAGUGCUCGACCACAAACCUGAAUGGGUUCUGUACAACGAGUUCGUGCUCACCACCAAGAACUACAUCCGCACCGUCACCGAAGUCAAACCUGAUUGGUUGAUACGUAUUGCGCCACAGUACUACGACAUGGCCAACUUCCCUGAAUGCGAGGCAAAACGCAUCCUUGAGAGGUGCGCGCAUCGGAUUGCACAGCGCCAGCAAAAGAAGCAGGAACAACAACAGCAGCAACAGCAAGAAGGUGAGGUGGCGGACCGAGAGGCCCAGCAAUAG